AUUCGUUAUUCAGAAGUUUUUAAGGUAGUGGAAGGCUAUCACUAUUUUACUAAAUUAGUAGUUUAUUUAGUAGUAUCCUGGUAACUUUAUUCAGUCCGCAGUCCGAGCAGUCAAGUGGUAGUGAUAGUGAGUAAACAGGCAACAAGACAGAAACUUGGAGAAAAUCGAGAAAAGGAUAACGGUUUAUUCCUUUGUUAUCUUUUCGAGUGGUUACCUUUGUUAUGCGAAAUGGUUUUGAUUUCUAUUUUUGAAGACAAAAGUAUAGUCUUAUUAAUGAACUGAAGAGUGACCCAACAAUACGCGAUGUGUAGUUUUCCUCAGUCAUAUAAAAUUACAAUGUGAAAUCGACAAUUUUGUGGUCGGUGAACUUUCUUUGGAGGAGAAUCUUCUUCAUGAACUUCUUCUAACCGAUUCCAAGAUGUCGUCCACGGGUCAAUUAGUACCCCACGUGACGCGAGGCCCUCCAAACACCACAAUCAACUUCAACGGGCCACGCAUUGAAGGAUCUUUUUGCACAUCAAUUGACUUGAAUUAUGAUCCUGUAAUAAGCGUGCUUUGCGCUAUGUACGUCGCCUUUGGAAUUGUUUACACGCUGUUUGGUUACCGUUGUUUCAAAGCCAGUAUGUUCCUCACCGGUUUUACGUUUGGAUCGGCCAUUGUUUAUCUUAUAUGCCAACAGGAGAAACUGAUGCCGCCAUACGGAAACGUUGGUGUUGCUCUAUGCGGUGGACUGUUGUUCGGCCUCAUCACCAUGCUGAUCCAGUACGUGGGCCUCUUCAUGACCGGUUUCCACACGGGACUGCUCCUUGCCAUCGGAGGCUUGGCCAUAUACGACCAUUUUCUGGAGAACGGACCGGCCGCGUAUUGGCUGUUCGUUGUUGUGUUGCUCGGGUCUGGAAUCUUCUUUGCCGUGAUAAACCUCUACUGGAAGAAAGUACUGACGAUAUUUGGCACGAGCGUGUAUGGCGGCGCGGUCAUAGCAACAUCGUUGGACUACUUCUUUGAAAGGAUGAUGAUGCUCAAAUGGUUGCUAGACAGAGCACGACUAGAGCCCGCAGUGGCGCCCCCGUGUAAAUUCUCAUGGCUAACUCUUGCCGCGUGGCCGGCCGCCGCCAUUGUGGGGCUCACUGCGCAGUGCGCCUUGACCGCGUCGGGCAUAUACCACGAACAGAGUAUAAGCGCACAAAAACGCCGCCUGAAGGCCCAACAGUCGCGGCCGAUCACCCGCGAACAGAGGGCCGAGAUGAAGCAACGCAAGUACCGGUAUUUGUACCAAGUGCGUACUGCGCACGGGGACGUUAUUUCACAGUCAUACGUACAAGCGCUACAGAAGAAAGCCCAAUGCGGCAACUGGAGCGGCAGCGGCGGCGGCGAGUGUAGCACAUUGCAGAGCGACUCCACACACCUCACAGUGCUGGCCGGCUCGGAACACGCCCCGCCCACAGACUCCGACGACGAUCUCAACCAAAUCCGAGCGGCUCAUUAGCGGGUUGGUAUUAUGAAUGAAGUAUUUGGAGGUGAGAUUUAUUUUAAAUUCUUUGUAUAUCCAGUAUUAUUGUAAGAGAAUCCACUCAUUAUUCCAUAUUAUUAUAGUGGUUAUCAUAUACCUAAUUAAUCAUAUUUAAUGUGAAUAAUUUGUAUUCAAUUUUAAUUAUUACUUGUGACUUUGUGUGUGGAGUUCAAGGCCUAUGUAUGAUUUAUUUAUCAGAAUUAUAAUUAAGAUAGGUCUUUUAAUCGACGUUUUAAUGAAGUGACUAAGAUUUUCGAUGAAUUUAUAUUAAAUAUUAAAAACUGCCACAGAUUUUGACUUCGCUUCUUCGUCGUCCGAUGUUUUUAAGAUAAGUUUUCAAACGCCUUGCUAAGUAACGUGUUUUUAAAAUUUUAAAAGCGAUAAGUAUCUUAAAAGUUUAUUCAAUACUUUAUUACUUUUUAUCACAUAAGUUUCAUUUUUCAGUAGCUAUAUAGACGAUUGCCUUAUGAAAGUAAUAAUUUGAUAAUCCGUUAUAAGACUUGCCCACGAUAUCACUGCCAUAUUGACUUUUACUGUUGGUUUUGUAAAAAUAUUAAAAGGUCUUGAACUCCUUUCAAUAAUAAAUGGUUGUGUUGUUGUUUCUGAUUGCUUUAAAUAUGUAUUCAAAGAUUGAAUGAUUCUUUUGUAAUAUUUUAAUUGUGUGUUUAAUUGUGAAUUAACUUGGAACCUACCUAUCCGUUUGUGAAAUGGUAAGAACGUAAUGACUAUUUGGAAUGAGGACUCCUUGUUAUAAUUUUUUUUAAUGUCCGGUAAUAAUUAGUAAUUUCAUUGACAAUAUUUAUCUGCUGUAUUCUUCUUAAAACGGUUAAAUAAAGCCUAAUGAUUUGUCAUUUUAAUACAAACAAAUAGAUAGGUUCUGAGUCCUUGUAAUACAUUGUUAUUUAUUUAUUUAGCUUUUCGUACAAACGCAAAUCGAUUAGAAUUAGAGUAUCGAUUAAAAUUCUGAAUUUGAUGCAUGUUAUUGUUAGGAUCCUUGAAUGAGCCUUCGUAAAUGCUGGUUAGACUUUUUAUCCCUAAUAUUAUUUUUAUUGACGGUGUCAGAACUUCUUUCACGAAAUGAUGAGGUUAAAUUUUAUAGAAUAUAGGUUGAAGCUGACUUAUACGGCCCCACUCCCACAGAUCGCCGUGGAUAAUAAGGCCCGGAUUUAUAAUACUAAAUCAAAAUAGAAAAAGUGACUAAAACACACAUUUCAAUAAAUAUGUACCUUUAUAGAUGCCUAUGACUGCCAAAAUAAACGAAUUAUGAAAAUUAUUUUCCAUAUGGGCAUGUGUCGUAUAAGUGAGCCAGGACCCAGGACCUAUUAAGGCCAAAUAGUAUUUGCGGUUUCCCCUCGAAGUCUCAUUUUAGUGGUUCAUAGAUUAAAGUAGUUGUGUCUUAACAUUUUCUUGCCAAAUUCCGUGCGCCGAUGAUAUCGGAACGCUUUUCCUGUCCAUUUUUAGACGACCAUUUUAUGAAAAUUUGUUCUCAUGUGACUCUUUAAAAGAGUAGGGUACGACGUUGGAAUAUAUUAUUUAGAGGUUCAACCGUACGCGUUUGUUGACUUUAUUUCGCACUGAUUUAUAAAUGCUAAGCAUUCUUGUUUUAAAUAUAAUGUUUAAUUUUUUAUUUACUAUGUAAAUGGCCAGUUGAGAGCUUGGUGUGUUUGCUCAUUAGGUGUCGCUCAUUUGUGAAAAAUAUAUUUUUUUUUUGUUUUAUGUGAUUCAGCCAUAGCACUCAAGUGGCCAUACCGUUCUAUUCAACGUGUGAUAAGUUAAUUUAUUUGGCCAAAGUUUAUUUUAGUUGUUACAGCGCUAAGUGCACAAAAAUGUUUUCUUUUUCUUAAAUGUUUAUAUUGGGAGCUUUUUAAUGUAACUAAGUAUAAUGUAUAUGAAAUAUAUGAUGAUAAGUUAUUCCGCGACGUAGUGAAUACUAGAAAUGUGAAGUGAUCUUAGAUUAUGUAUUGUAGGCGAGUGCGAUUAGGCAGCACGUCUGAGUUAGACUUUUCGAUUAGUCGACUAUAAAAAGGGGGUGAACUGGUUUGUUUCUUUUCAAAGAUUAAAAAAAGAUCGCAUUGAUAAGUGUUUAGUGCGAGUGGACUUUGUUAUAAAGACGUUUGGAGUAACUAUCGGUACAGUUUAGUGUUUCAACUAAACUAAGAAGUUUAAGAUGUAUAUGUUUAUUUAUAAGUAAAAAUAAAUUUUUUUACUCGCACUGAACACUAAUCAAACUAGCUUACCCGGCUGAACGCGACGAGUGAGACUAAGCUAUGUCGAACGGUUUUAAUUAGAUAUGAAGCGAUAAUUGUUGUUGGUUUAGAGCGACGAUAAAUUUAGAAUAGUGAUCCAGGUGUAAUUCUUAAAUAGGUGGUGUUGCUAGGGACAUAUACAUUCCUUAAUCAAUAUUGACAUGGCGCUCUUAGCCUUAACUCGAUGAUCAUAUAUUCUGUGAUGAAUAAUAAAAAAAUAGACGAUUUUUUGGUCGACAUAAAAAAAAACAAAUAUUUUCACUUCACUGCCUAUAGUGUCUGUAAAUGUGCGAAUUAUGUAAGAUGUAUAUAUUAUGUAUUUUGAUAUAAGCGAAACCGCGUAGUUUAAAUAGUAUGGCCACGUUUAGCGGUACAUUAUAUAUAUAUAUGUAUAAUAAAAAUCUGUAUUUUUCUCUAUGUUUAAGUAUUCACAUGAUAGCUCAAUUUCUAGUCUUAUUUAAUUUUUGAUAUAUUCAAAAUAAGUAAAACUGCAAUAACUUGCUUUAAUUUUUUUUAAAUUAAUAUCUGGUUUUAUUGUUAUCAAUUUUAGUAAAGCAUCAGUUUUUUUUUCUUUUAUUAUCAAAUUUUAAAUUUUGAUUGUUUUAAUAGUCAAACAAAUCCAGUAUGGCAAUACAAAUAAAAAUAAAUGGGAUGUGAAAGUCAAAUGUCAAUUAAAAUCUUAUUGUUACAUUGUUACGGUGUAAAGCCGCCAUUAUGCUUAUUAUUUGUAUAAUUAAAUUAAUUGGUUAAAAUAAAUUAUUGUUUUGCGAAGCGUAAUAGUAUCGAACGUGGAUAAAAUUUAAAUUAAUUUGAACUAAAAAGAUAGGUUUUCGUGUAAGAAUUGAUUUAAGUCAGUCUCGUUAAGUUUUUUGUAGGUACCCUAUUAUAUUUUGACCAGUGGAGAACGCCACAGACUAUUAUAUUGUUCGAUAAAUUCAUUUCUAGUGGUCGCCACAGAGUUAUAAAAGAGUUCGCAUGUAUGUGUAAGCUUUUUACGCUGUAUUUUUAGCCAAUUAUUUCUUUAAAAAUGUUUACAAUUUUUUUUGCUAUUGUGAUGAUGAUGAUUAUAUGCGUCAAAUAGUGUUUAAAAGCAUGAUGUAUGUUUAAACGCAACCAGUCCGUAAUAAUUUAUUUCAAUUUAUUUAUUGAUGUUAUACUCUGUUAAAUUUAAUUUUUGUAAUGGAAGUUAUGUAUUUAUUUAA